GAGGCGCUUCAAUCGAUUGCAAGGCGCAGCUUCGGCUCGGCACUCGGCAGCUGAAAAGAAAAAUGGCUGACAGCGAGGAAGGUUUGGCGACUGGAGAGUCGAAUUCCUGUGAUUUAAAUCAAAAAGCCGACGGAGGCACCAAAGCACCUCUGUCUAAAAGUGCGAAAAAAAGAAGGAGGAAGCACGAAGCUGCCCAAGCUGAAGAAGAAGCAAAGCAAGAUGAAGGCCGCAGCAGUAUUUCAAUUGAAGGCAUCAAAGCUGCCAUGGAAAUGCUCACGAUGCAACACAAACCGGCAAAAACUCAGGAAGAGGCACUUCAAAAGCAAUACCAAUUUUGGAACACGCAACCAGUGCCUAAAAUGGACGAAAAAAUAACUAGCAAUGAAUCAAUCGAACCUGACAAAACCGCUGCGGAAAUCAGGCAAGAGCCAUACUCGCUGCCAGAUGGUUUUCAGUGGGAUACCCUGGAUUUGAACGAUCCACUUGUUUUGACAGAACUAUACACUUUGCUUAAUGAGAAUUAUGUAGAGGAUGACGAUAGUCUUUUCAGGUUUGACUAUCCCCAGGAUUUCUUGAAAUGGGCCCUGCAGCCUCCAGGAUGGCUUUCACAGUGGCAUUGCGGAGUUCGUGUCACCAAAAAUAAUCGCCUUGUGGGAUUUAUAUCUGCCAUUCCUGCUUCUAUCCGCAUCUACAACAAAGUGCAGCGCAUGGUAGAGAUCAACUUUUUAUGUGUGCAUAAGAAGUUGCGUUCCAAGAGAGUGGCUCCUGUGUUGAUCAGAGAAAUCACCCGCCGCGUAAAUCAGCAGGGAAUCUUUCAAGCUGUUUACACGGCUGGGGUCGUUUUGCCAAAACCCGUGGGCGCUUGCCGUUACUACCACCGCUCCCUCAACCCUAAGAAGCUGAUUGAGGUCAAGUUCUCUCAUCUUGCAAGGAACAUGACCUUGCAGCGAACGCUCAAGUUAAAUAAACUGCCAGAUAUGCCAAAGACAGAGGGUUUUAAGAUUCUGACUUUGCAAGAGUUAGACAAAACUCAUGCCAUUCUAAAUAAGUACUUGGAAAAAUUUGACCUGGCACCGGUGUUUUCCAAAGAAGACUUCAAACAUUGGUUCUUUCCACGACCAGGCAUUGUUGAUGCUUAUGUGGUUGAGAAAAAUGGAAAAAUCACAGAUUUUGUGAGCUUCUAUACUCUUCCCUCGACUGUAAUGAAUCACCCCAUACACAAGUCUCUCAAGGCGGCCUACUCCUUUUACAACGUCAGCACCUGUACACCUCUGAUCGAUUUGAUGAAUGAUGCUCUAAUAUCUGCCAAAAAUAGCGGAUUUGACGUUUUCAACGCUCUUGAUUUGAUGGAGAAUAAAGAGUUUCUGAAGGAGCUUAAGUUUGGUAAAGGAGAUGGUAACCUGCAGUAUUACCUCUACAACUGGCGUUGUCCAUCCAUCCCCCCUCACAAAAUUGGACUUGUUUUGCAGUGAAGAUUCUCCAAUAUAGUUUAGGAGCAAGCUGUGAUUUCAGUUUCUACACAAGAUGCAAAAAUUGAAUUCAAGAAUUAUGCACCACUGUUUGUAGUCCUUCUUUUUUACUUGAGAAUUUAAAUGGGACGCAAGUAUCAUUAAAAUUUAAAAUAAUGUUCAAUUCAAAACAAAAUUGUCUUUAACAUUACCUGGCUCUCUUUUAUUAUUCAUUUAUUUCUCGCUGAUUUUUAUUGAUCGACUCGGAUUUUAAAAUACUAUGUAUUUCCUAAGAGGGCGCUGAGAAUCUCUUAAAAGAGCCGACAAAUAUUAGUGGCUAAUUGUUCACACCUCCAUUAUUCUAAUAAAAUAAGAAUUACAAAUUUUGUUUAACGGCUAAUUACAUAAAUAUAA